CAGCAAGUAGCUUUUUCCAUUCACUCUUAACCACAUUGACCUUUUCUGCAUUACUCUUCUUUCCCCUUAGAAAUGGUAUUUUGGGCCUUUCCGCCCACCUCUAAGCAACUCAAAUUCACACUCUCCGGCGUCAUCGCCGGCGUUACUCUCAUCGCCGCCGGUGCAUAUCUUUCCUUUUCCAAUAUUGCCCCUCAACAAGCUCGAGCUAAGGCCAGAAAAGAUUACAUCAAAGCCCGACUCAAACAGCUUGUACAAGAUUAAAACAACUUCAGUGUUUACUACUUUGACAGAAUUUUCGAAAACUGUUUUCUGGUUUGCUCUUGGAGAUUAUGCUUGCACUUUGGCUCUGUAAUUGAACUUUCUACGUUUCAUCAGCAAAUGGUUCAAGUUUAUGCGGUGUACCCAAUACUAUUCCGUGGAAACAAAUGCUGCAUUGUCUGCGGCAGCUAUCAUUAACAGCAACAACUAACUGCUCAUCUCCAUCUUUGGAAGGUGGCUUAGCUGAUGAUAACACAGCAAGUUCCCAACCUUCACCUACCGUUAACCUAUCACGAGCAUAUACCCUUGCAGUGCAAACUUCUUCCUACCGCAAGAUAUGGUCCAAGGUCCACCAUGAGGAACCUUCUGACCUUAGUGUGGAGGUAGCACAAGUUGAGUUCCAGGAGGAGCCGCUGCAAUUAGAAGAUGUCCUUGAACCAAAUCAUGAGUGCGUCCAAGAGGCACUUUUGCAUAUAAAACCAGAAGCCUUAAACCAACUUAUCGCUAAGUACUUGGAUGACAGUGAGCAAACUACUCGUCUCUGUAUCAGUUUCUCACAAAGUGUAAAGCAAGCUCGAUCUUUGUAUGCUCCUAUUUGUAGGCUGCUUGAUGUCCUUCCUCUGGACAUGGAGUCAGCUGGACAUUCCCUUUCGCAAGCUCAAUGCAAUUGGGCAUUUGACAUCUUCCUCCAAUUUGACAGCCUCAGAAAUCCCUUCCCUAUACAUGACACCCAUAGCUUCAAUGAUAUGCGUCAUUGCUACUUCCAGCUAAAGCGUGAGCUUGACCUUCUCUUACACAAGUCACGUUCAAAGGUCCAGCUUCUCCGUCAUGCUACCAAAGGCUCAGUCGUAUGUUUAGUUGCAGCUACUAUUGGAGUGAUCAUAACAGCUGUUGCUAUAGCUUCUCAUGCUUUUGUCGCCCUUGUAGCAGCCCCGAUAUGCUCUGCUUGCGUCCCUUCAAAAAUGGCAAAAGCAGAACUGGUUCAUCUGGUGCAGCUGGAUGAUGCAACUAAGGGGAUCUUUUUCCUUCACAAUCACUUAGAAACAGUAAAUUGCUUGGUGGGCCGAUUAUAUGAUGCUAUGGAGUUCUACAAGCGUCUUGUUCGCUUUGCACUAGAGAGAGGAAAAGACCGAUACCCCAUCCAGGAGGUAGUGAAGCAACUUCACAGGAAACAUAGCAAUUUUUUGGAAGAGCUUUCGGGUCUUGAGGAGCAUUUGUGCCUAUGUUUUUAUGCAAUAAAUAUGGCCAGAGGCCAUCUUCUCGACUAUCUCCUUCAUCAAAAUCAGGAUCCUGGGUAAUUAGUUCGUGUGAUACCGUCCAGUGGUGGAUGGCGCUCUCAGUAGCUUCAGGGGGCAAGAGACAAGGAAAUUUUCGUUGUCAUCAGAAGAUUGCUGAUGAAGAAUCGGAGACUCAUAGUACAACCCUAACUUAUUUGGGACUGAGGCGUACUUGUCUUCCAGCAAAAUGCUUAUUUUGGUAUCUAUUUUCAGGAGCUUAUGAUAUCCUGAUCACUUCUAAAACUAUGUAUGUCCCUUACACUAGCUCUUAACGUGGGAUUUAGCUAUAACCUGGUAUCUAUAGCGUUUAUAGAAUUAGCUAACAGGUCUGAUAGGAGAUUCUUGAAAAGGAACGCGAUUCGUGCUUCCCUCCAUUUUCCAGUGUCGUUGAAAUCAUUUACAAGAACAUUUUUUUUCCAGCACAAGAUCUAGCUAUACAUUGUCAUGUUGUACUCUUUUCCUUCUCUUAUUACAUGAUGAACAAAAUCAUUAUAAUGGUGAAUAUUGCAGCAUUGGCUUGUACUCUGAA